AUGACCGGAGUGCGAUUUGCUGAAAAAGAUCGAAUGUUCCAUCUCCAAAUUGAGCAGGCUGAAUUGGGUCCUUUUGAAAAAAUCGUCCCAGAUACCGAGGAGUGGAAAGAACUGGGGGACUUUCAGUACGACCCAGCAGACGAAGGGAGUUUUUCGAUGAAGAAAGGAGAAGAGUUCGUUAAAUUGACGGAGUUUGUAGACUUUUCUUUCGUGACCCUCGAUCAACGGACCAUCAACCUGGACGCACUCUUUGCUGACCCCGGGCAAGUUCUUAUCGGAGCCCGAUUCGUUUUCAAUGUCAUGGAAGAUGCCUUUGAGCUGCAGAUCAAGUCUUGGCCAGUCGAUUUGAAAACCGGUAAGUUGGCGGAAGGAAAUCCGUCUGAUGUUGAAUGGAUUCGAUGGGAAAAUUUGAAGAUGCGCUCGAAAAACUACGACAGACCCAGAAGUACGAUUGAUAUCGGAGAAGCCAACGAACCUUUGAGAACUAAAAAAUGGAAUAAUCCCAGCUCAGUUCCGAAUCAAAAACUUAUGAUACGAGCGACGAAUUUUAGGGAUGAUUUGCAACAACACACGAUUCCUUAUUUGGACCUUCAAUCUGUCACCUAUUCUACGGCUAAGAUUCCUCUGCGUGGACUACAGCUUAUUUACAGGGGAGUUGAAGGUAAUGGAGGAUUUUUGGGCUUCAGAAUAUUUGGUGUUGAUUUUACUGAGGAUUUUAGAUGGAAAAUGCCCACCAGUCAAUUCAAUAAAUAUCGAUCUUUUUUUCACGAAAAUUUGACCCUGCAAGACUCACCUAAAUAA